GAGAGAUUCAUUUUUCUGUCGUGUUUUGUUUUUAUUUCACUAUUAUAACUCUAUCUAAUCCCAUCACUAUCAAAAUGAUGGAAGAACAUUUAGAAGGAGUUCCCAACCUGCUGCCUUAUGAAGUUGUUGCUCGUUUCCCUCUUGGCUACUUUCUUGAGAAUAUCGCCGUACGAUCAAAUGGAACGCUUCUCGUCACAAAUAUGAUUGUCGGCCAGAUAUUCUAUGUUGAUCCUAGAGUUAAAGAUCCCGAGUCUACUAUCCAGUUAAUACAUGAUUUCAAUACUACUUCAGAAGCACCUCUAGAGGACGAUGAAGAAACUGGCAUCUAUGGAUCCAAAAAUCACGCAGAAGCGAUUAUAGAGCAUCCAAAAAUCGCCGAUUUAUUUUAUGCCUUCUCCGGUGUACAUGGGAAAGCUGAUACUUGGGCUGUAUAUUCCUUGGACUUCCGCGGCUUCGAUCCGUCUCGUGGAGCAGCUACAACUGUGGUGGAAAAGCUCGCGGAUAUACCAGGAGCAGGAUGGCUCAAUGGUGCUACGAUGAUUCCUCAGACGUUGACUUUACUGAUGGCCGAAUCCCAGCAAUGUAAAAUCUUUGCGUUCGAUUUACAAACGAGAAAAGUUUCGAUCUGGAUUGAGGAUGAGAGAUUAGGAAAAGUCACAACUCGGCCACCAUGGCCUGCACUCAAUGGCCUGGAGUACUUUAGAGGGCAGAUCUUUGGAACGGUUACUGAUCGUGGGACGCUCGUGAAAAUGCAAGUGGAUGAAACCGGGAAGUACAAAACCGACAGUCUGAAAGUCGUAGUCGAUCAGUUGAUCGGGGAUGAUUUUGCAUUCGAUUGUGAAGGGAGUGCUUAUGUAGCUACAAACCCGGCACAUACAGUUUUGAAGUUUGUCAAAGUCGGGGUCGAGCCACAAAAGGAGGAAAGGCUCAAGAUCUUGGGCGGACUAGAUAAGAAAGAAACGGCAGGUCCAACUGCUCUAGCUUUUGGGAGAGGAGACAACGAUAGUGACUGCAUCUAUGUAGUGACAUGCGGCGGAGUCGUGAAUUCGAUUGGCGAUAAUGGACCUGGGCAAGCAUUGAUUGCAAAAGUUUGUGUUGGAGUGAAAGGUGAGGCAAGAGACUUCGAAUGAGUGUUGGAAGUCUAUUAUAGGGCCCAGAUAUGCAGCAUUUGAGAUUCAUAUUGUAAAUUAUCAUCAAAUGCACGUCUUCACGUCGCAAAUUUUCGAAUACGAGUACACUUGCAGCUCUCUCUGCCGUUCUUGCUCAAACUGGUUCCUGAAUCAAUACUAUGAACCCCUUCACA